AUGUGUACUACUAACGAAAACAUGACAAUCCAAAAGAAGAAGAAUGGAUCUUUUCGAUCUAUUUUCAUGCAUGCGGAUCUUAUAGACUUCUUGUUGAUGGCUCUUGGCUUCUUUGGAGUCAUAUGUGAUGGGAUUUCCACGCCGCUUAUGUUGGUUAUAACAAGUAAGCUCAUGAACAAUCUUGGUGACACAACUACUUCAAUCUUCACAAAUUUCACUCAUGACAUCAACAAGAAUGCAUUGGUUAUGUGUUACUUGGCUUGUGGGCAAUGGAUCGGUUGUUUCCUAGAGGGGUACUGUUGGACAAGAACAGCAGAGAGACAAGCUUCAAGAGUCAGGGCCAGAUAUCUAAAAGCUGUGUUAAGGCAAGAUGUGGGCUACUUUGAUUUGCACGUGACAAGCACGGCCGAAAUCAUCGCAAGUGUGUCUUCUGAUAGUCUUGUAAUCCAAGAUGUCAUUAGUGAAAAGGUUGGUAUAGCGGUAUAUUAA